GUUGCUUUGCUGGUUACAACUUAUGUGUUGAUUUACCGAUGGCAACUCGUCAAGAUACACCCCGAUGAACCACCCAUCGUCCCGUCGACGGUGCCCUUUGUGGGACAUCUGUUGGGCAUGGCGCUGUUGGGUGGGAAAUACGUGAAGAAUCUCGGCCUCCGCAACCCCGACAAGCCCAUCUUUACGCUACCUGUGCCUCGCUCCCGCAUGUACAUCGUCACAGACCCGUCCCUGGCGGCGGCAGUCCAGCGCGCUUCCAAGACGCUGUCUUUUUCGCCGUUGGUGCCGGAUAUCACCCAUCGGGCACUGGGCCUGAACGAUGAGACGGUUGCUAUUGUUAGGCAACAUAUCGACCCUGAGCCAGGGGAGGUAAAGGGGUUUCUCGCGGACAUGCACGACUUGGUGUACUCGUCCUUUGGGCCGGGAGAGACGUUAAAUGCACUGGGUGUGGAGGCGGUGAAGGAGUUAUCAAGACAGGUAGAUGGUUAUGUUAAGGCACUGCAAGACAACAAAGGGGGCGAAGAGACGGUCGACCUCCUUCGGUGGAUCCGCCAUUUUGUCGCCAUCGCAACCGCCAACUUACUCUACGGCGACGAGAACCCGCUUGCUCUAGACCCGGAGCUAGAGUCUGCGUUCUGGGACUUCGACCACGGGCUGGGUUCCUUACUCAUGGGAAUCCUCCCUUCUAUCACAGCCCCCAGGGCUUACCGAGGGCGCGAGGCAUUAGCGGCCGCUCUCGAGGAGUAUCUCUUACAAAACCGGCACCUCCCCAGUGACGGCCAUAAGGGUGCCUCCCAGAUUGUUCAACAACGGGUCGCCCUCGCCCUCCAACACGGCUGGACUCUUCGCGCCGUCGCUCGCUCCGAGCUCUCCUUCCUCUUUGCCGGCAUCGUCAACACAGCAACGACCACGUUCUGGAUAGUCCUACACCUAUUCGCCUCGGCCUCCUCUGGCACCGAUAACUUGUUGUCCACCAUCCGCUCGGAGCUAUCCUCCUCCAUCACCCCAGACCCCCAAGCCCACAACACCCUAACACUGUCCCUCGAAAAGCUCAAAACCUCCUCACCAGCCCUCCAAUCCCUCUUCCGCGAGUGCCUACGCCAAAACUCCGACACCUACUCGACCCGGCUCGUAAAAUCAACCACCACCCUCCCCGGCCAAGCCGGCCCAUACCACCUAGCCGCAAACUCCGUGGUCCAAAUCUCAGGCGGCACGAUACACGCGGACCCACGCAUCUGGGGCCCGGACGUGGGGGAGUUCCGACCCUCCCCCCAAGGCCCCGCAACCCACCACCCCGCCGCCUUCCGCGCCUUCGGCGGCGGCAAGACGCUCUGUCCCGGCCGGCACUUCGCCAGCACGACGAUCCAGGCGUUUGCGGCGCUGCUGGUGACCCGGUUCGAUAUCACGGCUGCUUCUGGCGGU